AUGCAUAAACGAAAUCAUUUACAUCAUUUAAGUCAUAAAAUAAAGCAUUAUUUAAGUUUACAUAUUUCAUUAAUUAAUUUAAAACGGAUAGCUUUUAUAAUAGCUUUGUUGUCAUGUUUAGUAAGUGGAUCAAUAUUAUUAUUUGCAUUAUUUUCAACUUCAUUUCAUGAAGUCUUGGGGUUAAGUUAUUUACAAAUUAAUUCAAUAGCAUCAUUUUCAGCAUGUGGAAUGUAUUUAUUCUUACCAAUCUUAGGAUAUUUAGCUGAUUGUUAUGGUCCUGCUUUAUUAUCAGUAUUUCUGAUUUGGUUCUUUUGUCCUGCUUAUUUCAUUAAUACUUAUUUAGUACAACAAUUAAGUCAUCAACGAGGAGAUUUGGAAGAAGUAAUACCUUCCGUCUACAUAUAUUCAUUUUGUUUUACAUUUUGUUUAAUUGGUUUAGCAACUUCUUCAUUAUAUUUUUCAAGUUUAUUAACUUGUGCUAGAAUCUUUCCUAAUCAUAAAGGAAUGGCAAUAUCAUUACCAGUUACUUGUUAUGGAUUAUCAGCAUUAAUGGGAUCACAAAUAUUGAAAUUAUCAUAUUUUCAUUUAUCAAAUGGUUUAUUAGAUCUUUUUAAAGUAUUUAAAUUCUUUGGAGUUUUAUAUUUAAUUAUUGGAUUAUUUAGUUUUAUUUCAAGUUCAAUAGUUGUUGUUGAACAAGAAUUGAUCUUUGAUAUUGUCGAUGAAGAAACCGCAUUAUUAAGUGAAUGCUCAAGUGUAGCAGAUCUUUCAAUACUGGAAAUACAACAACAACAAGAAGCCAUACCCAUAACUCCACAAGUUUCAAAAUUAGAUCCUCCUAAUCAUCAUGAAAGAUUUAUGGCAUUCUUAAAAGAUCCUUCAACUUGGGUAUUAUUACUAUCAUUAAUGUUAAAUAUUGGUCCCUUGGAGAGUUUCCAAAAUAAUCUCGGGUCAAUACUUAAAAAUAUAAGUCCAACUGCUGAUUUAUCUAAUCAAGUUAGUCUAAUGGCAGCAGCAUCCACCGUGACUAGAUUAAUUAUGGGUUGGUUAUCAGAUUUUAUUUCUUCCCCCAAUAGAAAAUAUCCAAUAUGUCGAGUAUGGUUAUUAAUUGGAAUAAUUGGAAUUGGAAUAUUUGGACAAUAUUCAAAUGGAAUUUUAGAUCCAAAAAUUAAAUUUGAUUAUGGGAAAUUAUCAUUAAUUAAUGGAAUAGCAUAUGGUGGAUUAUUUACAAUUUAUCCAAUUAUUGUAGCUGAUGUUUGGUCUCUUGAUAUCUUGGGAUCUACUUGGUCAUUUUUUAUGAUUGCCCCUGCCACGGGUUCAAUAUUAUUUUCAUUAUUAUAUGGAAGUAAUGCUGAUUCAAGAUGUACUGAGAAUGCAAGAGCAUUAUUUAAUAAUUGUUUAUCAAAAUAUUUUACAUUCACAUCUUUAGGUUUAACCAUUAGUUGUUUAUUGGUUUAUUUUACAUGGAGAUUUAUUUGGUAUAAAAGAGGACUUUCACAUUUUUAA